GCGGCCGGCGGGCGUCAGCGAUGCUGGAGAAUGGAUCUCUGAGGAACUGCUGCGACCCGGGCGGGAGGGGUCACUUCGGCUUGACGGAGCGGGAGGCGGCGGCUGGAGGCGCCCCGCGGCCCGCCUGGGUGGUGACGGCUCUCUCCAGCGUGCUGAUCUUCACCACCGUGGUGGAUAUUUUAGGCAACCUGCUGGUCAUCGUGUCCGUCUUCAAGAACCGCAAGCUCAGGAACUCAGGUAGGGAUGCGUGCGGGACCUCUGGGCGCUCGGUGCUCUGCGGGUCCCUCCGGGCUGUGCUCGGCUCUAGCGAGUGCGAGUCAUUGCGAGGCUCUUAAUGAGGUACUGUGCGCUCCUUGUGGAGCUGCUGCUGCUGGGGGAUCGAUGUCACGUUUUAAACAGUGCUCAGAAGUACGGGAGGAAGAAGGAACUUGCCCGGGGCACUGAGGUGAGGUGUGUGGGAAGUGAGCUCUGGCUCUGGACUGCCCAUUGGAGCUCGUGGCAGUCCUUCAUGAUUGUUGUUAUUCUCUGCUCAUAUGUCCUCCGACCGAAAUAAAGUAUUUUCCUUCUUUUUGAAUCAUGUCUGUAGUUGUUUUCUUUUUUCCUUUAUGUGCUGGAAAGUAGCUUUUUGUGCUUUGUGGAACUUUCAUCUCUGCUGGGCAGGUUACACCUGCCUCCAACCACAACACUGCCAGUCGUACCUCUCGGGUUUCCCUUUCCCCCUCGCCUUCUUCUGUCAGAUCCACACAUAGGGCUGUGACCCCAAGGUGCCUGCAGCUCCCUGGGUGGGCUUUCUGAGGCAUUCUGAUACCAGGUCUAAGGAAAAAGACCUCGUUCUGUGUUGUCUGCCCCGUAUUCUGGGCGGCAAAACCUUGCUUGAGAGCUGUGAAGCCAGAUGCACAGUUGUAUCAUCUGGCAUCUGUCCGACCUCGUGCCUAACAGCAUGGUGCUGCCUUAUGAAGGGGGGGAGGAACUGGGUGCUUGAAUUUCCUGUUUUUUUUUUU